GGGUCCACUCCUAUGGUCCACUCGCGAAGAGUUCACCAGUGCGACCAGAGACUGUGUGUUAGGUCCCGCUUGUUGGUGUGAGACAUGUCGGGCAGCAGAGUGAUGAGAGCCAUCAGAGUGAGUGAGUUUGGAGGCCCGUCAGUUCUCAGCCUGUGUUCCCAGGUGACCGUCCCAAAGCCCGGACCCAGACAGGUGUUGAUCCGUGUCCAGGCCUGUGGCGUGAACCCUGUGGAAACUUACAUCCGUGCUGGGACUUUCAGCAUGAAACCCACCCUGCCGUACACACCGGGCACCGAUGUAGCUGGAGUGGUGGAAACAGCUGGUGAAGGAGUAGUUGCAUUUAAGGCAGGAGAUCGGGUCUUCACCACAGCCACAGUGUCUGGAGCUUAUGCAGAGUUCACUGUAGCAGCUGACGACUGUGUCCACAAACUGCCUGAUGCUUUAGAUUUCACACAGGGAGCAGCCAUAGGGAUUCCUUACUUCACUGCCUACAGAGCUCUGAUUCACAAAGCCCAUUCAAAGGCUGGAGAGACUGUCCUCAUCCAUGGAGCCAGUGGAGGGGUGGGUGUGGCUGCGUGUCAGUUGUCCCGUGCUCUGGGUCUCAGGGUGUUGGGAACAGCAGGGACACCAGAGGGAAUGAAGCUGGUCCUCAACAAUGGAGCUCACAUGGCCUUUAAUCACAGAGAACAGGGCUACACAGAUAAAAUCAUGGAAGCCACAGACGGCAGGGGCGUAGAUGUGAUAGUGGAGAUGCUGUCAAAUGUCAACCUGAGCAAAGACCUGGAGAUGUUGGCCUACGGAGGACGUGUCACGGUUAUUGGCUCCAGGGGCCCCAUAGAGAUCAACCCAAGUGACACCAUGGCUAAAGAAAGCAGCAUCAUUGGAGUGGUUCUUUUCUUUGCUACACCGGUUACUUCUACCUUCUUACCCCAGCAAAUCGGAAAAUUCUGUUGUCUCCUCACGAGUCUUGGCUGAAGCAAGAAUUUGACCACAAUCACAUAAUAACAUAACCACAAAUAAUGGAUAGCAAACAGCUUUUUACAUGGAGGCAAGAAAAGCUGAUCCUGCUACAAUGCUCUGUUUUUUACUACAUAUCUCUUCCCUCGCUCCUCCUCCCUCUUCUGUUCUCAGGAAGAGAUGAAAGAGUGUGCAGCGCUUCUCUACGCAGGAAUGGAAGCUGGUUGGCUGCGUCCAGUCGUCGGUUCCCAGUAU